AAAAAGAAGCGUCUAAUAAAUUUUAUAAAAAAUAUUAAGAUCCGCGCAAAAGUGAUGCAAAAGAUAAAUCACGUUAACCUUAGAUAAAUCACGUACAUAAUCAAAUGAAAUUCGAAUCAUAUUAGUGUCAAUUUAAAAUGAUUAUCGAGUUAACUCUUGUUAUAAAGGUCUCAGAAUAACAAUCCAAUCUAUUUCAAAAACAAAAAAAAAUGAAACUCUUCAAUCACAUUAUUCCGCGUACGAAUUCUUGAGGAUCUGUCAUUGUCAGAGCAGGCAUUAUUUGUGCCACGCAAAGUUAUAGGAAAGUGCAGUGAAGCGAAGGGAAUAAGAUCGUUUGACGUCGCCGAGAUGCUAAUAAAAAAAAUUCGCGAGAAGAGGAAAAAGAAAAUAAUUUUCCUCGAAUGAUACUCGAAUGAUACAUCGUGAACGCGUGUCUCGUGAAUGACUGGGCAAAAAAUUCGUGGGAAGCGCCUCGUGACGUGUUAAAAACAUCAUUUAAAUCACUUGUGAUUAUAAUGCGAGUAUUUUCUCGAAAGCUUUGGAGUGUUUGAAAAAGAAAUUUCGAGAACAACACCGUUAUUUGUCGCAAAUGUAUGAUGAUCUUUGUAAAAAGACACACAUGAACUGUAAAAACACGUUUGCAGAAAUAGUAACUCGUCGUGCUCUGCUCCUUUACGUGACUAGACGAGGCGUGCUCUCGAAAACGAUUACGCGAAGUGCCGGCGGAAAGUACUCGUACGGAUAAAACUCCGACUGACCAUUUGAUCGGUCCUCCACUGUGCACAACCGCAAUUUUCGAGUGGUUAAAGUGUUGUGUAAAACGCAAAAAUAUUAACAAUAAUAGUGCUCUUAUCUUGCUGGAAUGCCGUUCAGAGACAUGAAAUUUUCCCAUAAAGUGCAUUCGUGAUUGCCUGUUAUUUGAAAUUCCUUCGAACUUUUAUCGCGUGUUUUAUCAACGUAAUUAUCCGCUUCUUGAGAGAUUGAGAAGAUACGUCAAGAUAAAAUUACGAGGCGUGCUUUACCUUAAUCAGCAUUAUACAAGUGCGAAACGUAUAUGAGAAACGUCACGGAGCAAUUAGGCAAAAAAUAUCACAAAUUUAGCAAAAUUGAAAUAGAAAUUGCAUGUAAUUAGUGUUGAAGUACGAUUCGAACAAAAAAAAAUCAGUCGUCCAAAAAACAAAAUUGCGCGUUAUUGUAUAUUGAAAUAAAAUUAUGCUAUCGAAUGAAAAAAUAUGAUUGAUAAUAAACUUCACUUUUUUUUGCGGCUGAUAGUCGUCGAGAUAAAAUCCUAAUAUACGAUAUUCGCGACUGACUGUGACAAUAUUGACAUUGUCGACGUACGCGAAGCUCUCUUUCUCUUCGUCAUCGGAGAUUACACGCCUUUCGGCGCUCGCGUAAAACUGCGGCUGAAAAGUGUUGACGGUGCGUUCUAUUAAUUUCCCAUUUCUCGGGCACAAAGUUCUCCGCGAGUUGAGAUCGAAAUUGGAUCAACGCGACAGCUGCGCGUCGUAAUAGAAGAUCGUACGCGACAUCGCGGAAGAAAAUAAAAUAUGCAUGAGGACAAAAGUAGCCGUCUCUAUUCGCUCGGAAGCGCAGCGAGAUUCCUUUAAUAAAUGGCUAUCGUCCUGGCGAAACGUCAUAUCAUGGGUUUCCACGUGAAAAACUGUUAAACAUUCUCGAGUGUUUCUCGAGGGUUGUUGCGAUUCGAGAUCGUAACCGCCGUCUCGAGGAUCGAUUGCUCUCGUGAGAUCUAAGAGUGUCGAGCAAAAGCUGUGCCGAAAGUGCUUGGAUAUUUCGUAGCAAGUGCUUCUCAAAAGAGUUUGUCUCCUUUUGGUUGCGUUCUCAUUCACCGAAUUCACUUGAUUUUGUGCCAUUGUCUUUCGAUGCGGUGUUCUACGUGAAAGGCGAUUUUCUAGAUCGUGUGUACUUCAAAGAGAAGAGGAGACAGACUUGCUUGGGCGGUUCUGAUGAAAUUGCCACUCACGAUGAUCAGUAUGAAGUUUUUUCGUGUCAUUCUGGCGCUCUUAGGCGGCACGCAUGUUCUGUGCGCACAACUGUCGGCGUCUCCAACUGUGAAAACUGGUGGCUCCAGUAUUGCUAGUGUGGUAGCAGGAAGCAAGCCGACGAAACCUUGGAUGAAACCUCAAUUCGACGAUAUUGCACCGCGAAAUGUCACUGCCAUCGUCGGCCAGACGGCGGAGCUGAAUUGUUAUGUCAAACACCCGGGCGAUCGUGUGGUCUCCUGGAUACGUAAGAGGGAUUUGCAUAUUCUGACGUCAUCAAUUCACGCUUACACUGGAGACGCAAGAUUUUCCGUUAAGCACCCCGAACCAUCAGACGAAUGGACAUUGAAGAUCAAUUACGUCCAACCGCGAGACGCCGGGGUUUACGAAUGCCAGGUUAACACCGAGCCCAAAAUGAACUUAGCCUUCAUGUUAAAAGUCGAAGAAAGUGCCCCUGUCCCUGCCACCACCACACCGAACGCCAUUCACCGGACGUUCAACUCAGCUGCUCAGGCAACAAUCCUGGGACCUGAAGACGUCUACGUGAAGAAGGGUAGCACGAUAAGCCUCACGUGUGAAGUUAAUGUACGGAGCACGCCUCCCAGCAGCGUUUCGUGGCAUCACGGAAGUGCCGUGGUGGAUUUCGACAGUCCCAGUGUUCACCGCAGGGGCGGUGUUUCCCUGGAGACGGAGAAAACGGAUACCGGCACAACGAGCAGACUACUGGUGACACAGGCCAGAUUGACCGACAGCGGAAAUUACACCUGCAUCCCUAGCAACGCGAACCCAGCGAGCGUAAUGGUCCACGUGCUGAAUGGUGAACAUCCAGCGGCGAUGCAGCAUGGCGGUAGCUGCGGCGUGGCCCCGACUAUUUUGCUCGCCAGCAUCACUCUCAUAGUCGCGAAUCUGUUAAGGUGAGCAGCCGUGUUGUGAAUCGCUCAUCUUAAACGGGAGAAAAAAGCAAGAAAGUGUCAAACGUGUCGAGACGGUCGCGACAGUGUCGAAAGUAAACGUGCGACGGUCGAUGCGUUUGUGAAACGGAACAAUCGAAAAAAUCACCGAUCGCGAUCGCUCUUAACGCUUUUCACGCGUCGCUAUCACGUGCUGCGCGUAUCCGUUUGUCAAGAGUGCUCGGAAGUGACGAACGAGAGAACAGCAUGGAUGAUGUGCAGCGGACCAGAGUUCUGUGUGAGAGGAGCAGUGGCGGACAAAUCUUUAACACGUACGUUUUUAACACGAAAAUCUGUUUUAGACUGUCCCCUCUUUUGUAUGAAAAAUCGUCGUGUUAAAUGCGAGAAGUGUGCCCAGACGAUCGCUCGAGAAUUAAACAUAUUAAUGACGCCAUGGUCGAUUGUACUGUGAGCGUUUUUCGCCAAAAAAAAAGAACUCCCUCGCACUUGUGCUUUUUAUUAAAUCGACAUGUGUGGCUCAACGAAUGUGCGUGGAUUUCUCUUCAGUGAUGAAGAAACUGCUCAUCUCGUGAUUUCGUUCGAGAGCAAUUAGGAUUUAUAUUUUAAUUAACUUAAUAAGGGCCUCGUAAAAUAUUCCACAUCGAUCAAUAGAGUCGUAAUGUGCUCGGCACAAAAUAAGAUCGGUCACACGAUCUGUCGCGAUUUUCAAUGUUUUUUUUUUUCAAAUUGAGUAUGGAUCGAUGGCUGGAUCUAUUCGAAGCUAUGAGAUAAUUAUCGGCUAUAAGAUAAUUAUUACGUAAAUUGAAGUUAAUAAUCUAACGAUUAUCAACUAUUUGGGUGAUAAUUGUCAGAUAGUUAACGCUCUCUUGUACAUAAAACGAUUAACGAACUUAUAGGGUUUACCGCGACCUUGUUGUACAGUACAAUGCAUGUGCGAGAAUUGUUACGUGACCAACCAUCAUUUUCCGUCGCGCGUUUAAUCUGGGCUAUUGUAUAUUUUAUAUUAGUUAUAAUAAUAUAAACGAGUAUAUGUUUUAAUAAAAAAUUUUUAACUUUGUUUUUGGGCAUAAUUCAGCAUCUCGAUCGUGUCAGAAAUGUUUUAUAUAUACUUUAUUAUACGUUUCGCCCAGAUUCGACUCGACUUUCAUUAGACAUAUUACUAAGAAACAGUAUUAAGAUAAAUUGAUUGUGAUAAUUUGCAAGUAUGAUGCAUUAAUGUUGUUUUUUUUGAAGAAUUAUAAGAAUAUUUUAUCGUAAAAAGACAUGAAUUAAAUUUGAACGCAAUUAUAUUGCAUCUAAAAAAAUUGGAAAUAUCUGCAAAAAAAUAUUUUAU